UCCCGUUCCCCUCAUAUUGGACGUUCAAUUGGCUUGGUAGUUUCUCCGAGUGGUCAACUUGACUUCUAGCUUCACCUUCCAUUCCACACCCAAUAAUCCUCCCAUCUCUCCAUUCGUGCCAUCUACUUAAUUGCAGAGUUCCAGCUCUCUGUCUCUUAAGAUUCUGCUACAAAUCAUCUCUAGUCUCACUGCCAUCAUAGAUCCGGCGCUCAAUCUGGUCUUUCUCCUUUAUUUUUUGUGUAAUUGCUUUCUCUUUCACCCUCUAUCACUCUCUCAGUGCCCAAUUGAACAGCAACAAGUAGUUGCUCCCCUAAUGGAGGCUCACUCCCACAGGGACGAUCAAGCUCGGAAAGAGAACGUCUACACCUACGAAGCGCCAUGGCAGAUCUUCAGCAUGAACUGGUCCGUCCGAAAUGACAAGAAAUUCAGGCUCGCGCUCGGCAGCUUCCUAGAGGACUACGGCAACAAGGUGGAGCUCAUCGAACUCGAACCCACGUCCGGCGACUUCGUCUUCGACCCCCGCCUCGUCUUCGACCACCCUUACCCCCCCACCAAGCUCAUGUUCGUCCCCGACAAGGAUUGCCUGAAGCCCGACCUCCUCGCCACCUCCGGCGACUUCCUCCGCAUUUGGGAGAUCUUCGACGACCGGAUCGAGCUCAAAAGCCUGCUCAGCAACAGCAAACAGAGCGAUUUCGCCUCCCCAUUGACGUCCUUCGACUGGGACGACACCGAUCACCGGCGAAUCAUCACGGCCAGCAUAGACACGACGUGCACCGUUUGGGACAUAGAGACCGGACUCGUAGAUGCGCAGCUGAUAGCCCACGACAAGGAAGUGUACGAUGUCGCCUGGGGAGCGGCGGAGAUUUUUUCGUCCGUCUCGGCCGACGGAUCCGUCCGGAUCUUUGAUCUCAGAGAUAAAGACCACUCCACCAUACUGUAUGAGAACCCGAAGUCCAGUUCGCCCAUCCUCAGGCUCGCUUGGAACAAGCUGGAUUUGAAGUUCAUGGCGGCUGUUCUGAUGGACAGCAACAAGGUGGUCAUACUCGACAUCCGAUACCCCACGUAUCCCGUAUCGGAGUUGCAGAGGCACCACGCCGGCGUCAAUGGCGUCGCUUGGGCACCGCACAGCACCAGUCAUCUGUGCUCGGUAGGGGAUGAUUCGCGCGCUCUCAUAUGGGAACUGCCCUUCAUCAGCCAACCUGUUCUCGACAACGAUGACCUGAAACCCAUCCUUUAUUACAACUCGCAGUCGGAGAUCAACCAAGUGCAGUGGUCUUCAUUGCAGCCGGACUGGAUUGCUAUAGCUUUCUCCAACAAGAUGCAGCUCUUGAGAUUAUAAUCCAUCUCCUGCGAUCAUCUUCAUUAAUUUGCGUGUCGUGUUAUGAAAGAAAAUUGCUUCGUUUGACUAAUUUUCUCUUAUGAUGUAGAUUCAAGAGUAUUCCAUGUGAUUAUGAAAUAUUACCCUGAUGCCUUCUAAAGGCAACCACAAAAAAAUGUCACCAAGUUAACAAACUUUUUAUACUAUUGGCCUUACAAAAUUGUUGAGCUUUUUCAUGA